GGAUCUGGCUGUCCGCUUUGUUUUUCUUGGCUUAGGUGCAAGCUUUUAUUGUUCUCCUUAUCUUGAUUAGGAUUAGAGGAUUCAUGUCUAUCGCCGUCAAUGAUUUUGGCGCGAUGCUUUUGUAAGAUCUUUACUUUCACAUGCCCGGGCCAUGAUAAUGUGCCAUGAAAAGUCUAUUGCAAAUAGCAAGAGACUUGGAAUGGCAUAUGAGCCAUUGAGGCAAAUAAAAUCACCUUUCCAAAUAUAAAAGUCAGUGAAGGGUUAGAACAAUGACAAGGCGUUGGAGGAAGGCCGGGGGUGCUGUUGGUGGUUACUUUUCCAACUUGUUUCAUUUCUUUCGUUUUGCUUACAAAUUUUAUCUCUUUACUUCAUGUUGAAAACCAAGUCUACAGUUCUCAUGAAGUUACAAUCUUAUUUCGCCUUUGCUAUCAAGCUACUUUGACUUCCUCUUGGAACUCUGUUUUCUUUCCCUUUUGCUCCCAAAAAGCAUUUCUAGCUCCCCCACCCCCACCAGUGCGCCACCUUCAAUUUGCAUGUCGGGACAGUGCAUCCAAUAAAAACCUCACAUUAUAUCCCUUUCGGUUACAAUAUCAUUCACAAUUCUUAAAAGUUGUAUCAUUUUCAUUUGCCCACUUUCUCUCUACAUUCUUUUCGUUCCUAAUGGCCUCAAGAAACCACCAUCCUAUGUUGAAAGCUACAUAGCACUGCAGGAAGAGGAAGUGAAUUAAUUUCUUAAAUAAUUUUAAUACAGUUUAGUAAAGAGUCAAUUAAAACCUAACAAUCUCAGUUAUGAGGUCAUAAAUUUAGUAAUUAAGUUAUAUUUAAAUUCUAAUUAAACAUAUGAAUUUUCAAAAAAGAAUUAAAACAACAAGAAGUUGCUUAUAAUGAUUUUGUUUCCCAUAUUUCACUUUCAUCUUUAGCUCCAAUGCUUUUAAGUUUUAACCACACAAUCAUAGUGGGAUUGCAGCUUUAUAUAUACUUGUAGGGAUGAAGCCCCAGAAAUGGGUUGGAGUAGUAGUGUAAAUUGGCAGCCUUUUGUCGGCAAAUAUUAAGAGAGGAGUUGGGUCGAUUUGCACUAAGCCGGAAAUGGAGAAAAGGGCAAAGUCUGAUCAGGUGGUUGUCAUCCUGGACCAAGGAAACCCUGUAAGUCCAUCAAUGGAAACCGAGCUCAAGGACGGCCAAACGGCUGCAGAAACAAAGCCCCAAAUUCCCAAGAGAGCAAAAACUCUACGCCGCCUCAGCGUCUCCAAACCCAAAGCUCGGUUUCUUGAGUAUAACUAUCCCCAGAAAAGGUUCCCUGAGUCCAACGAUCUUGAGCCGCUGCUUGACGACAUCCACCAAUCUUCAACAGAUGAGGAUGAGGAUGACGAUAACGAUGACAAUGAAGAGGAGUGGAACGAUGAGUUUGACGAAGAUGGUGGAGAAAAGGGGCAAAAAAUACACCAAAAGAGGAGGAAGAAAAAGUUGAACUGGAGACUCUUGACUGAAUGGGUUCUGUUUUUCGUUAUAACGACGUGCUUGAUCUGUUCUCUCACGAUAGAAUCUCUCAAGACAAAGCGUUCGUGGGGGCUUGAGAUCUGGAAAUGGUGCCUUAUGGUGUUGGUGACCUUCUGCGGCCGCCUAGUUUCCGGAUGGUUGAUUGCUGUCGCUGUCUUUUUCAUUGAACGAAACUUCAUGCUUAGAGAGAAAGUGCUCUACUUCGUCUAUGGACUAAGGAAGAGCAUCCAAAACUGCAUCUGGUUAGGCCUAGUCCUUCUUUCAUACACCUUCAUGUUCGACACCAAAGUUCACAGCAAGGAAAACAAGGUGCUCAGAAAGGUGUUUCAAGCGUUAGUAGCUGUGUUGCUCGGUGCAAUCAUAUGGCUUAUCAAGAUCGUGUUGGUCAAAAUGCUGGCCUCAUCUUUCCAUGUGACAACGUACUUUGAUCGAAUGAAGGAAAGUGUCUUCCACCACUACAUCUUGGAUACGCUCUCAGGUCCGCCCAUGGACGAGCAAAUCAUAAUGCAUGAACAGCAUCAUAGCCUAAGCGAAUCCAAGUCAUUGCCAUCAAACUGGAAGCAGAAAAAGUGGAAAGAAGCGAGAAAUACCUACAAGUCGAAGAAGUUCGGGUCGAGGAAAAUUGACAUGGAAAUGCUAAGGGAGCUCAGCAUGGAGAGGCCAGGCUCUGCGUGGAGCGUGAAGAGGCUGGCAAGCUACGUGAUGUCUUCAGGGUUAUCGACUAUUUCGAAGACAGUAGACGAUUUUGGAAAGGCGGAGUCGGAGAUUACUAGUGAGUGGGAGGCUAGAAACACCGCGCAAAGGAUCUUCAAGAAUGUGGCUAAGCAGGGAGCCAAGUAUAUUGAAGAGGAAGAUCUAAUGAGAUUCCUGAAGGGGGUUGAAGUUUACACCAUAUUCCCACUAUUUGAAGGAGCUCUCGAGACCGGAAGAAUUUCAAAAUCUUCCUUUAGAAAUUGGGUGGUUCGAGCUUAUUUUGAACGAAAAUUUCUAGCACAUUCGCUGAAUGAUACCAAAACAGCUGUGCAACAACUGCAUAAGCUAGCAAGUGCGGUGGUCGUCGUGAUCAUAGUCGUGGUAUCCCUCUUGGUAAUGGAGGUAGCAACAUAUAGGAUAGUGUUUCUUGUCUUAACACAGCUAGUUGUUGCCGGGGUCAUGUUCCAGAACACUUGUAAGAUGGUGUUCGAAUCCAUUGUCUUCAUCUUCAUCAUGCAUCCUUUCGACAUUGGCGAUCGCUGCGUCGUCGACGGUGUUCAGAUGAUUGUGGAGGAAAUGAAUAUAUUGACUACCGUAUUCCUUCGGUAUGAUAUGGAGAAGAUUUAUUAUCCGAAUUGGGUCCUGCUCUCGAAGCCAAUCAGCAACUUCUACCGAAGUCCAGAAAUGGGUGAUACGGUUGAUUUCCAGAUUGACAUUUCCACGUCCCUGGAGACUAUCAUGGCACUGAAGAAGGCAAUCCAAGCAUACAUCGAGAGCAAGCCCAAGUAUUGGAACCCGAAGCACGCAGUGAUAGUGAAACAGAUAGAGAAUCUUAACAAGCUGAAGAUGAGCUUAUGCGUCCAACACACGAUCAAUCAUCAGAAUUAUGGAGAGCGCAGCAAUCGGAUCACAGAGCUCAUUCUCGAGCUGAAGAAAAUCUUCGAAAACCUUGAGAUCAAGUACCAUCUUCUUCCGCAAGAGGUCCGUCUUAGCCAAGUCAAUCUGGACAACUGGAGGAUGAUGCAGUGAUCCACCUGCUCGUCGUUUAUAUCUUUGUUGAAGCCAUGAUGGACCCAAUUCUAUUUCCUUCAUUUUUAAAACUCAUCUAUCUGUACUCAUGCAUUGUAUUUUGAAUAACUUAGAAUUUGAAUAAAUACGUUAAUUUUAAA